GCUACUGGGGUGAGCAUCUGGCGCGCGUCUCCGUCACUCUCCUCAUCUCGAGCGCUCGCGCCCGCGGUGCUGGAGGAUGCGUUGCCGCGGAACGGUCUCGCGCUCCGCCGCUCCAGCUCUCCGUCCUCCGUCACAGAAACCGACAGAAUAACCGCACAAGCCGCAACCACGGGACGAUGUGAGGCGCAGCGGAGGCCACUUCCAUUUUAUCUGACUUCGCGGCGUCGCGUGUGGGUUUGUUCCCGGUGAAAAUGGCGACGGGGGCAGGCUGGCAGCCUCCGUACAACACCUCGACUAGCAGCACCAAAUAUCCCCCCUGCACAACCUCCAGCAUGCUCUACGACGGGAGCCUAACGCUGGAAUACACUCAAGACCUGCAUUUGAAGAUGAGCAAGAAGAUAGCACAGCUGACCAAGGUAAUUUAUGCUCUCAACACCAAGAACGAUGAGCACGAAGAAGAAAUCGAGUCCCUGAAAGAAGCUCACGAGGACGAGGUCCAACACAUUGUGACAGAAACCAGAGACAAGAUCAUGCAGUACAAGACUAAAAUGGCGGACGAGGUGGAUCUGAGGCGGCGGCUUGCCAGUCUGGAGGAAUCUGUAGAGCUCCACGAACACAUGAAGAGACAGGCUCUAGCAGAGUUCGAGAUGUACAGACAGAGGAUGGAGGACUCGCAGCUGUGCACAGAGGCCCAGCACACGCAGAGGGUGGUUUCUAUGAGCAGAGAGGUGGAGGAGAUGCGUCGGGAUUUUGAGGAGAAGCUGCGCUCGUUCAGCCAGGCUCAGGCACAGUUUGAGGCUGAGAAGCGGCGAGCGCUGGAGGAGCUGAGGACCACCCACCGCCAGGAGGUGGAGGAGCUCCUCAACAACCAGCGGAACCAAAGCGCCUCCUCCACAGAAGACCAGGAGAAGCUGGCUGAGCUUCAUAGACAAGAGGUGGAGGCAUUGAUGGAGAGGGUGGAGGAGCUAACAAAGGAUAAGGUCCGCCUGGUGGAGGAGUAUGAGGCCAAGCUGGCCAAGGCUCAGGAGUAUUAUGAGAGAGAGCUGGAGGCCAUGAGGAGAACACACCAGCUCACCACUGAGAACCUGCUGGCCUGGAAGAGGACGGAGGUCGAGCUUCGUAAGGAGUUCCAGGCGCAGGAAGUGGCAUUGCAGCGUUCACUGUCCAAGCUGAGGAGUGAGCUUCAGAAAGCUCAGGAGGAGGCCAGAGAGAACCGCGACAAGACCAACAGACUGCAGACGUCACUGGCCAACGCAGAGGGAACCAUCAAGAACCUUCACAAGCAGCUGGAAGAGGCAAUCCAGGACGGAGAGAUCUGGGUGAUGCAGCUAAAGGACACCGAGUAUGAACUAGAGAGCAGCAGGGAACGAGUUCAGCAGCAGGCUACUGAAAUCCUGCACAAAGCCAGUCAGAUCGGCUCCUUGCAGGCAACCCAGAUGGCCCACGAGGCGACCAUCAGGAACUUGGACCAGGAGCAGAGCCGCCUCAAGGAGAAGAUCAGCAGGCUGGAGGAGGAGAGGGAGGUUCUGCUCAGCCAGAGCCAGACCGCCAACGACCAGCACAAACAACAAGUGCUCAAACUGGAACAGUCUCUGCGCGAGGAACACCAGGGCUAUGAGAAGGAGCUCUCCAGGUUGAGAGCGCACUAUGAGGAGGAGACACUUCGCUUCAAGGAGGCGCAGGUCAGAGCGUUGGAGGAGCUCGAGGAGAAACACCAGGUGAUGAGAGAGGAAGCCCAGCAAGAGAAAGAGGAGGAGAAGAAACUCCUCAUCACGAAAAUGAGCCAGGAGUUUGAGAUUAAACGGCUGUCAUUAGAGGAGCAGAGAGAUCGCCUCCAGCAGCAACUCGACAACUUGAAAGAGGAGCUUUCGGCCAAACUCAACAUGGCCAAUCAGGAAGUGUCCCACCUUCAGGAGCUGGUGAGAGAGGGGGAACAGAACCUGAAUUCAGCUCAGAUGCAGAUUACCUGUCUGAAGGAAACUCAGGAGAAACUCAAGAUAGAGCUAGACGCGACUCGAGCCCGCGUCCGAGAGACGAGCAACCUGCUGACUGACCUACAGGAAGAGAUUGAAACCCAGAAGCAGCAGCAUGAGGCCAGAGUGAUGUCCAUCAGAACAGAGGAGAAGCAGAAGAUGGACAAGAUGGCAGAUGACUUGGAUCGGAAAUGGAGAGAUGCACUGCGGGAAGAAGUGCGUUUGCUAAAGGAGGAGUUGACCGAGGAGUAUGAAGCAGACAAACAGGCGGCCAUGACUCAGCUCUCCCAGCAAAAAGAGCUGGAGAUGAUGGCAGCGAGGGAGGGCUGGCAGAGGAAGGUCGAAGACCUGCUGGAGCAGAUCUCUCUGCUGAAACAGUCCCUGGAGCUGCAGCUGUCUCAGUCUCAGUCAGCUCUCCAACAGCUGCAGUCUCAGUUCAACCAGGAGAGAGAGCUCCUGAGCCAACAGCUCAAAGAGAUGCAGAGAGAACAUCAGAGGAGAGAGCAUCGAUUACAGGAGGCUCACUGCUGUGCCCUCAGCACCAUGGAGGAAGCCAGGCAGCACCAGAUAAGAGCCCUCGAGGAACGUCUAAAGCAGGAGCAGCGGGAGGAGGUUCACGCUUUGAAGGAGGCCCACAGGAGGACUUUAGAAAUCCUCAGACAGCAGUCGGACCAGGAGCUGCAGACACUGCGAUUUGAAUUGGAGGACGAGGGGAAAGCAAAGCUGGCCUCUCUUCGUGCAGAACUGAACCACCUCCACGCGACAGCCAUCGAGCAUCUGAAGCAAAUCCACCUCAAAGAACACGCUGCCACCAAACGAGAGCUAGAGAAAGCCAUGGAGCACAGCCAAAAGCAGGAACAAGAUCUCUUAAUUCGUAUCUCAGACCUGCAAGCGGAGCUGUGUUCCCGUAGCAACCGUAUCACCGAUCUGGACCAUGAGAUUCACUCUCUGAACGAGACCAUCGACACGCUAACCAGAGAGCUGGAGCUGAAGGGCAAAGAGGUGCUGCGGGUCCGCAGCGAAGCUAACCAUCAGAUAAGAGCUCAUGAACAAGACCUUGCAAAGAGACACGAGCGAGAGAUGGGGGAGCUCAAUGCAAUCCAUCAGAGAGAAACACAAAUCAUGCUGGCUGACUUCAACAAGGCCCAGGAGGUCCUCAAAGACAAGAUUUCUGCUCUACAAAUACUGUUGGAGGGCACAGAGGAGAAGUUAAGAAACAGAGAAAGCCGACCAGAAGACCUGCAUGUGAUCGCAGAGCUCAGAGAGAUGGUGACUGAAAGAGAAGCUCUGGUCAAAAAGCUGGUGGAUGACAAGAAGUUCUACCAGCUGGAGUUGGUCAACCGAGAGACGGGAUUCAACAAGGUCUUUAACUCCAGUGCCAAUGUCGGUGUCAUCAACCCUCUUAUUAAGUCAAAAACAGGCAGCCAAUCAGAUCACCGCUUCACCAGCUUUCCUAGCCAUUCAGCUCUCCGAUUCGUCAGCCCUCCCACCAUGACUCAUGAAGGACAGGAAGAGGAGGGACGGGAGGUGGAGGAGCCUUCCUGAAGCCAACUCUGCGACACCAUCGGACCCUGCGCGGAUGAAUCCAGGAAAAAGCAAAGAAUACGUCACAAAAGAAGAGGAGCUGUACGCCCAAUACUUCACUUUCUGACUCGCUAAAUCCCAACUGUGUCAAAAAAAGGAAGUAAUGGGACAGAGAGCUAAAGUUGGACAGCGAUCAAACUGCAGGUUUUCACAGUCAUUUGGGCGACAUGAAUAUGAGACGUCCUCUCCUCAUUGCAGCACUCCCAUCUGUCGUGUGCAUUGCUGAGUGAAUUUAACCUUAGGGCUUCCAUACGUGGUGAGCACGAUGAGCAGUGUGGCUUAUCAGUGCUUCAUCAUGAAAGUGUGCAUGGCAGAAAGAGGUGACAUGAAACAUUAGUAUACAACGAUUUGUCUUUUACAUUUAUGCCAUCUGCUAUUCUUCAAAAGUGGCCAUUUGUAUGAGCUCUCAUGCUACCCAAUGUGAAGAAAAUUACAAGUUAGAAAGAAUUAAUGUCCUCUGAAUUUAAAUUUAAUAAUUUAUAUUACACUGAAGUUUAAAUGCGUGGCAUGCUCUGCAGAGAUUUCCCAAAGGGAGUAGCAUGUUUAUUGAUGGCGAAGCUGGUGCUUUUAAUGAUUCCAUCUCAUUCUUUUAAGAUUUACCGGUUGCCAAGCGAUGUGAAAAUGUAUCCUGUUGUAUUUAAAAUCUACAAAUCAAUAUGAAGACUCUGAUUAAUAAUGAGAGUAACUCUACACGGUGCUUUUUUGAACACCGUUCUUAGGGCUGCAGUUAAUUACAUUUUAAUCUUGAUCACAAUUUUGGCUCCUAACAGCUAAAAUGUAUCACCUGCAAAUCAAGUGCUCACUGAAUCACUGCCUGCAUGUGCCAAUCACAGCUUCCUGGAUUGUUCCUGGAUGUAACCUGGACGAGUAACAACAAAACAUGAACUACACAGACCAGAUGUCAAUAUAAAAUUCAAAUGUCCGGCAUGCUUUAAGCGGAUCAUCGUUAUCAUUAUUUGGAAACACUUCAGAUUUUUGGUUUUAAUUGCUACAAAGCGACACAGCUAACUAACACUAGUGUACAGAAUGCAGUAGUUUGUCAUGACCCUACAGAUGAAUCAUUAAAUCAUUAACUCCUUAAUGCAAAUCCAGAGCACAUUUUAAUGACCACUAAAUCACUGUGACUUUUACUUUCAACCAUAUAUUAAAACUAGAGAUGGACCGAUCCGAUAUUACGUAUCGGUCCGAUACUGACCUAAAUUACUGGAUCGGAUAUCGGAGGGAAAUAAAAAAUGUAAUUUGAUACGAAGUAUCACAAAAUCACCUCACAAAACGCGCUACUUGGCGUAACCCAGCUUGUCGCAUGGGAGUAGUAUGUGUCACGUGACAGAGCGGCUGUUGUCUGCGAGACAUGUCGGCGGUCUGUUGGCGCAUUUGGAGCCUCGGUACAUGCUUCCUAACUGCAGCAUUUGAUCUCAGAGAAAACUAUCCCAGAGAAGUAAAGUGUGUAAGUUCAUCCCUGAAUGUUUGCAGAGUAUUUCCACGUUAAGCUUAACAACUGAUAUAGUGAGCCACAGCUGGACUGGCCAUUGGAGUUCCAUAUUGAGGUGAAAUGGCAGCGAUUUGUCCCGUACUUCAGCUAGAAUUAAAAAAAUAGACACAAAGCUGGAGUUAUUCUGUCUUUGCUCCACAGUUGCAUCUACUUCUCUCAUUCGCUCCCCUUCCCUCUCCUGUUAUUACUUCAAACAUGAAACUGAUCAUGAUCAGCUGAUCGGCUUUUCUGUCGCAAGUCCCGUCUUUCUUAUUUGUUUAUCGCCCAC